ACUUCAGAAGCAGGGUCCGAUGAUCAUUGCCAAAGAGAACAGGAGCUUCAGAGAGAAAACUUGAAGUUGUCAUCUGAAAAUAUUGAACUAAAGUUUCAGCUUGAACAAGCAAAUAAGGAUUUGCCAAGAUUAAAGAAUCAAGUAAGAGAUUUGAAGGAAAUGUGUGAAUUUCUUAAGAAAGAAAAAGCAGAAGUUGAGCAGAAACUUGGCCGUGUUAGAGGGUCUGGUAGAAGUGGAAAGACAAUCCCAGAACUAGAAAAAACCAUUGGUUUAAUGAAAAAGGUAGUUGAAAAAGUCCAAAGAGAAAAUGAACAGUUGAAAAAAGCAUCAGGAAUACUGACCAGUGAGAAAAUGGCUAAUAUUGAGCUGGAAAAUGAAAAGUUGAAGGCUGAAUUGGAGAAACUUAAAGUUCAUCUUGGGCAUCAGUUGAGUAUGUACUAUGAGUCCAAAACCAAAGGCACAGAGAAGAUUGUUGCUGAAAAUGAAAGACUUCGUAAAGAACUUAAAAAAGAAACUGAAGCUGCAGAGAAAUUACGGAUAGCCAAGAAUAACUUAGAGAUAUUAAAUGAGAAGAUGACAGUUCAACUAGAAGAGACCGGUAAGAGAUUGCAGUUUGCAGAAAGUAGAGGUCCACAGCUUGAAGGUGCUGACAGCAAGAGCUGGAAAUCAAUUGUCGUUACAAGAAUGUAUGAAACCAAGUUGAAAGAAUUGGAAACUGAGAUUGACAAAAAAAAUCAAAGCAUUAUUGAUCUUAAACAGCUUGUAAAAGAAGCAGCAGAGAGGGAACAAAAAGUUAAAAAAUACACUGAAGACCUUGAGCAACAGAUUGAGAUUCUCAAACAUGUUCCUGAAGGUGCCAAGACAGAACAAGGCCUUAACCAGGAGCUCCAAGUUCUGAGAUUAGCUAAUCGUCAGCUGGAAAAAGAAAAAGCAGAAUUAAUGCAGCAGAUAGCAGUUAACAAAGACCAAAGUGGUGAUGAAAGCAUCAUACCUGAUACUGAUCAAUUAAGGGAAAAGAUAAAAGAUAUAGAGACACAGCUCAAAACUUCAGAUCUAGAAAAGCAGCAUUUGAAGGAACAAAUAAAAAAACUGAAAAAAGAACUGGAAAAUUUUGAUCCUUCAUUUUUUGAAGAAAUUGAAGAUCUGAAGUAUAAUUACAAGGAAGAAGUAAAAAAAAAUAUUCUCUUAGAAGAGAAGUUAAAAAAACUUUCUGAACAGUUUGGAGUUGAAUUUACUAGUCCUGUUAAUGCUUCUGAAAAGCUUGAAGAUGAAGAGGAAAGUCCUGUUAAUUUCCCCAUUUAUUAAUGGCCACCUAUAUUUAUAAUAAAUGUAAAGUUAACUGUAAAGUUUGUAAGUUAAAAUUCCAUCUGGAAAUCAAGCAAGUCUCUGAACUGCAGCAUUUCCUUCUCCCUACCUUGUACCUUUUACCCAAAUUGUAGUUUUUAGUAAAUAAAAUUAUAUGAAAUUCUUAACUCAUUAGGAGAGUAUAUUUUUGAAAUCUUUGAAUAAGUUAUGAUUACCAAAUAGGCAAUAAGCUGUGGUGAGUUGCUAUAUAUUCAUAAGGUUUUAAGUUUUUUAAAAGAGAUUCUGACAUUUUAACAUUUAAAGCUGGGAUUUUAUAGUUUUAUACUUAUUUAUAUGUGCUAAGAUUGAAUUCAAAAUAUGAUAAAAUAUGUAGGUUAUGAGGUUGAGCCAUGUUUUGUUAAAUGUCUAUAAAGAUUAAACUGAGCUUAACCUAUUUGAUUUUGAAAAUAAAUGAUCCAAAAUUGUUGCCUUAAUUGUUGUCUUUAAAUGACUACCCAGUUCUAGUGGACAGUUCAGCCUUUGAACAAGCUUGGAAGCUCACUAUAAUUUACAUUUUUCAGUCUAGAGUUUAAAAUCAGU